UUCUAAACAGACCCUGAACAGUCACUCGUGGGAACUGAGAACAAGCCUCUGGGGAGGACACGGGUUCUGCGAUCAUCACUGAUGAUCAGUCGUGUGCCAACGCGCACGCUAGAGCGAGCCGGGUGUGUUGCGCCCGCCGGGAAGGGCCGCCCGGCUGGGGCUGCACCUUGCGCAGGACUGGGCCGGGGGAGCCGCGUUUGGCUCCCGGGGGCGGAUCCUGGCGGCCGCUGCCUCCGCCCCCCGAGUCCCAGCCGCCGCCUGGCGGAGCUCCAGGCAGCUGCUCCGAAGCGGCAGCAUCUCGCCGGGCUGGAAAGGUGGUCGCCGAGCCAGUGCACGCGUCGCCGCUGCCGGCCACACGCAGGCGGCCAGCCGGGGCGCGAGGGAACGUGGCCCGGACCCUGCCGGCUCAGAGUUUCUUCCUAGACUUGCCUUAGAAACAACAUCACAUUUUAAUCUGAGAUUUUGUGUUAUCAGAGAAAGAUGGAGGAAAAUGUGACCUAAAAUAUACUUCAAUUCAGUAACCCCCAAAUUUGUGUGGCAACAAGAAUCUCCUUGGAUGAAUGUAAUACGCAUGGUGUCAAACAUACUGGAUGGUAGACUCUAGGGAAGGUACUGGGAAACUGAAUUGUUAAUAAACUUCCUUCACAGAUAACUUCUGCUAAUUGAAAUGGAAGAUAAGCAAAAAGAUGUUGCUAUGAAGACAGAUUCAUCAUCAACUAUGACUGAUGUGGAGUCUGCGGACACCGAUUUUGCAUCUUCAGCAAGGUCAGGCCGCCGGAAUGCUGUCACAGACAUCCAGGAUGUAGCGGUGGCAGGCGAAACUUCAGAAUUGCCUGUCAAACUACAAGCACUCACCCUGAAGGAAGAUGAAAAAAGCAAAGAUGAAGAAACAACAAAAGAACAACUGGAAAAUCCACCAAAGAAAGAAGACUGAAGGCACAGAACCUAUCAAAAAGUAUUGAAUUUCUGUGUGUGGAAAUGCUUAGUGGCUCUGCUUUCCUGAGAUGUCUGAUCUGGUAGUAACUCUGGUAACAUUAAAUAUGUGUGCAUUUUAUAAUUUUUGUUGUGAUACCACUUACUUGGGUUGCAACCCUGAUAUCUUACAUAAGUUAUUAAAAAGAAAGUUUCUUCUAAAUUGCAUCAAAGCAAAUGGUUAAAAAAAGUGGUAAUUUAAAUCCAUGUCAUUGUUUAUAAACCCAAUACAAUCUACUAUGUCUUUUGAAUUUAUUUAGCCAGAUAUAUAUUUUAAUUCCAUUUUUAUGAUAAUGGGUGAAUUGUUUCUUAGUAAAUAAAAAGCAAACAUCAUUAACUUAAAAACUAUGGUGAGAAACCAAAUUAAUCAAGAUUAUAACCUAUAAAACUAUAAACUAUAUAACUAUAAAAAUGUAAUGUGAAAAAUACAUCAAUAUAUUGUGUUCAUUUUGUUUUAAAUCAAGUGUACUAAUUUUUUUCAAACCAGUAAAAGAUACGGAAAAAUUACAAAAGUUUUAUAGCCUAAACAUUGCAAAGAUGAUUUUGCCUGAUAAAGUUUGCUUCUAGUCUAUGCAUACUGUGAUUUUUCAUGUGACUCUUUAAAAUGCAAAAUUUGUGACAAAUUGUUUAUAUGGAAUAUGCUUAUUAAAUGAAAUUCACUAUCUUCCUUAACUUUAAUGUAUUGUGUGUGUAUAUUUUACUUAAAUGUGAGUUAUGCAAAAUACUAAUUGCUUUACAUUGUUAAUAUGAUAUUUAAGACUUUUUGUGUAUCUAUGACUUGUUUCUGAAGUAAUUUCCUCAGGAAUGCAGACUUUAAUUUUAUAUCUUUCUAAAAAUAGCUAACAACUUAAGGCACUUAAAUAUUUAGUGAGUGGUAUAGGUAAAUUAGCAAAAUACUUGCUCUUAAUAUAUUUAAGUAUAUAUUUUUAAAAGAAAAAAACAAAGCUUUAGCAAACUUUAAUUUAUUAGAUUAUAUAAGAACAAUACAAUUCUGAAUUUUUAACUACAUUGACUAAUGAGUUUAUUUUCAUAUUCAUAUAUGCAUGCAGUUUUAUUUUAUUUUUUUGUGACUUAGACCAUAUCUGUGCACAGCAGUUAAAUAAACUCUUUCACUGUUAAAGAAAGCUGUUAUUGACACAUAUCUUUUAGUUUCUGAUGUAUGCCAGGUGAAAAUGGCAACAUAGUUUAAGUCUUUGCAAUAUAAAUCACUGCAUACUUAAUAUUUUAUGGACAAAUUUUCCUUGUAUAUUUAACAUUCACUAAAGGAAUAUAUUUUAGUUAAUAUGAUUUAAGUUAUAAAAUAUAAUUUUUUCCUUAUAAAGCA